AUGUCGGGCGUUCUGCUCGCAGAUGACUUUCUACAACAGAUGGGUCAGCCUUCGACUUUCAUGCAAGGCUUUGUGACGUCUGUGUACGAGCUGGGUUGUCUCGCAGGCUGCAUUGUGAGCUUCGUUUUCAGCGAGAGAUUCGGCCGCAAGAACCCCAUCUACUUCGGAACAUGUCUCGUCAUCAUCGGUGCAGUUCUGCAGACGGCAGCCUACGGCAUCCCCCAGUUCAUCGUCGGGCGCAUCGUCAGCGGCGUGGGCACCGGUCUCAACACAUCCAUCAUCCCCAUCUGGCAGGCCGAGGCCCUCCCGGCCCAGACCCGAGAGAAGUUUGGCUCGUUCCAGUAUCUCCUGGUCUGCUUUGGCGCCAGCACGGCCUACUGGGUCAACUACGGCCUCUCGUAUGCGAGCGGCGCCUUUGAGUGGCGCUUCGCCACGGGCGCACAGAUGAUCUUUGCGCUUCUCCUGCUCAGCAUCCUGCCGCUGAUGCCCGAGUCGCCCCGCUGGCUCAUGGCUCACAGCCGCACGGACGAGGCCCUCGACGUCCUCCUGCGGAUGCACGGCACCGCGGAGCAGGACGACGACGAGGUGCAGACCGAGAUCAAGAUGAUCAACGAGGCCAUCGAGCUCGAGAACAUGUCCAAGUCGGUCGGCUGGGCCGAGCUGUUCACAAACCACCCGGAGAGCCAGAACCUGCGCCGCAUCUCGCUGGCCUGGUGGCUGAUGGCCAUGGUCAUGCUGAGCGGUGUCUGCUCCAUCGGCUAUUACAUCAGCUACCUCUUUGAGACCUCGGUGGGCCUCUCGCACAACCUCUCCCUCCUCCUCUCGGGAUUCAACGGCCUGUGGUACAUGGCCUCUGCCGUCAUCCCGCCCUUCAUCAUCCACCGCAUCGGCAAGCGAGGCUGCAUGAUGCUUGGCGCCUUUGGCAUGGGCUGUUGUUUCCUGGCCAUGGCCCUGGGCAUCCGCUCGGGAAGCUUUGGCGCCUCCAUCGUUGUCAUCAUCGCCUUCUUCCUCUACUACACCUUCUUCGCCAUCGGCUACCUCGCCGUGCCCUGGCUCUACUGCGCCGAGAUUAUGCCUCUCCACCUGCGCUCCAAGGGCAACGCCAUCUCCACCUCUUCCAACUGGCUGUGGAACUUCGCCACCGUCAUGAUGACCCCCAGCACCAUGUCCAGCCAGGGCUGGAAGGGCUACUUGAUCUUCACCGUUUUCAACUUUGCUUUCAUCCCUUUUAUCUAUCUGUUCUACCCCGAGACCUCCGGAAGGCGCCUCGAGCAGAUCGAUGCCAUCUUCUACAAGACCAGGCCUAUUGUUGCGAGAACCCAGUGGGCCAAGCGUGGCAGAUUCGAGUCCGAUGCCCUCGAGUCCGCUCUGGCUGAUACCAAGGGGAGCGAGCCUGCGGACAAGACGGUGCACUUGGAGGAGAAGGAGGUAGAAGUGGAGUGA